AUGGCGGAAGUGUUAGGCCUGGUAGCCAGCGUCAUCCAAGUAGCUGGCGCAGGCCUGAAACUGUCACAAACACUAUACCAAUAUGCAGAUGGCGUUGCAACCGCCGACCGCAGAAUAAAAGACAUUGCAAAAGAGGUCCAGCUCACGAGUCUGGUGAUUGACGAACUGGGAAACGUCUUCCGACGCGACGAGACCGUAAGAUUAAUCUCCAAGACCGCCGUCACAACCGCAGAAGAAACGAUGAAGGAAUGCUCUGCCGUCUUCGCCGAGAUCGAGACAACACUCGCCAAGAGCAAAAAGGGCAGAAUGGGAAAAUGGACACUGCCCUUUCGAGACAACAAGAUUGAAUUGCUGCGCAGCCACAUUGAGAAGCUCAAGAGUACUUUGCAAUUGCUCAUGCAAGUCCUCCUCCACGCCUUCCAGGUCACGUCGAACCAGCUGGACCGGGCAGCAGAAGCGCGGCAGCGCGAAGAAUUGCGAGAGCUGUUGGAGCUCCAGAAGCAGGCGACGAAACGGUAUGAAGAUUCCCUACGGGACUUUAGUAUCAGCGACGGGAGCACAAUGGUGGAUGACGACGACCGGAGCGAAGACAAAGACACGGAUGACUUGUCAGCCACCAAUGUUGGCCUUGUGACUGUCUCGGCCAUUGAAUCCACAAUCACACCAGAUACACUCGCAGUCUGCAUGCAGCAUGCCCAGAGUCUCCUACAAGACAUCCAGUCCCUCAAGCAAGUCCUCGAACAAAACGGACAAGGCGCAGACCACUCAAACCACCACCAGACGCUGCUGGGAUCCUACCUGCAAACACGUGCACACCUCGACAAGAUCCUGCUAGGAACCAGCCCAUCCAAUCGAAAAAUCUCAAGCGUCAUCAAAUCCUCCCCUCUCACAUCCCCGUCGCAAACCCGAAUCACCACAUCCCAAACCCAAACCCAAAUCACCACAUCCCCAGCCCCAGCCCUCAAAUUCAGCAACAUAUCCGCAUCCCGCCGCCGCAUCCCUCCCCGCACCACCCCCCUCCAACCCCACGCACCCCCCAGCCUCCUCACCUCUGCACACCCUCGCUUCCCAGAAACCCCGGGCCCAGGGAUAUCGCUCGAGGAGUCGUCGGAGCUGCAUGGAGGGAUGCAAGGGCACCGUUCAUAUCAGGAGUAUGAUGUGCGAUGUUUUGAUAGUGGGGGUCUGGUGCCUGAUGAGCAGGUUGGGGUGCCGUGUGGUGCGGUGUUUGGGGGUGGGGAGGAGGUGGUGGUGGUGGAGGGGGAGGAGGAGGUAGAUGAAUUGGUGAAGCUGUGGACCAAUAUUGGUAGGGGUGGGGGAGUGGGUGUGUAG